AUGUCAUUCUCUGAAGACCAAUUCAUUUCCAAAUUGACCUCAUUGGAAGAUUCUCAAGAAUCGAUUUCAAAUUCUGCAAAGUGGGUUCUAAGUCAAUAUCGGGAUUCCAAUAAAAUUGCGAAAUGUUGGAACUCGUAUGUUCUCAGACCGGACGUAAAUACAAGAAGAAAGCUACUAGCCAUAUACCUUGUGAAUCACGUCGUACAACAGGCCAAGGGACAAAAGAUUGGACAUUUUCAAGAGUCUUUUAACGGUGUUAUUUUAAAUGCAUUGAGUAAGAUCUACCGCGAUUUUCCAUCAGAUCUGAAACAGAAAGUUAAAAGAGUGGUUACUAUAUGGAAAGAAAGAGGUACCUUCUCAAAAGAUACUUUAAAUAGUCUUCUUCGGAGAUUUGAAGAUGAUUCUCACUCAAAAGCUGAUAUCCCAUCUGAUUUCAAGGUAGCAGUAACUGAAUACAUGAAAGUGAGGAAAAAUGAACAUAAUAUAAAAUCGUUAAAAUCAAGAUUCGAUAAAUCUAUAAUGGAAUUGGACUCCAGUAGUGUGGUAUACGCUGAAAAUUUUAAAACUGUAAAUAAAAUUGCUCAUGUUACUAAAGAUAGUAUCUUAAAUGAUAUAACAAGUAGAAAGAAGACAAUUGCAGAAUUAUCAAGACUUCUGGACGAACAAAAAAAUAAAUUAGAAGAGAGCGAAUCAAUGAUGAGUGAAAUUGACUUUUUAUUACUGUCCAAGGACCCUUCAAAAAUGGACCAAGCCGAAAAGAAUGAAGAUAUUUUACCAAGUUACGAAUAUAAUAAUGAUGACGACGACGACGAUGAUGACUCCUCUAGUAGUGAUAAUGAUGGAGAAAAAACCGCUAAUAAAAGAAGUCAACCUGUAUAUGCAGAAGAUGACGAACAGGAAGAUGUCAAGAGGACCAAAGUGACUGAUUAUUCGGACGAAAAUAACACAUCUUCAGAUACAAACAAUGAAGAGAUAGAGAACAAUGAUGGAAAUAUUGCCGAGGGCUCUGGUAUAACCUCUAAUAUACAGGAUCUACUGAGUAAACUUGCUAAUUAA